CGGUCACCGGCGCCCAGCUGCAGGCAGUGACAGCUGGGGAAUGCCUCCCACCGGCCUAGCCCUCUCUGAAGUCCAGGUCUGAUUUUGAUGAGAUCACAUUCGAGGAACUUUGGGUUCAACCACGAAAGGCUCCAGGCGGUUUAAGGCUGCUCGGAGGCCGCGGUAGCAGGGCGGCGGGCUGUGCGUGGGCAGCGGGCGGGCGCGCGCGGAGCGGGCGCGCGGCCGAGCGGCAUGGCGUGGCCCUGCAUCAGCCGGCUGUGCUGCCUGGCCCGGCGCUGGAACCAGCUGGACCGCUCGGAUGUAGCGGUGCCGCUGACUCUGCACAGCUGCUCGGACCCCGAGAGCGAGGGGCCCAGCGCCGACUGCACCGCCUUGCGUGGGAGCCCGUCAGUCGCGGGCGCUCGGGAGCCCAGCCGCGCAGUGCCGCUCACCCAGUACCAGCGCGACUUCGGCCUGGGGACCGCGCGCGCGGGGCACCGGGAUGCGGCUCAGGAGCGCGUGUCCGGGCGCGGCGGCCGUAGGGGCCAGUCCUCCGUGCCCCACUCCCGGACCGUGUACGUGCUGCCCAUCGGUGACGCGGACUCAGCUGCUGUAGUGACCACGUCUUAUAGACAGGAAUUCCAAGCUUGGACUGGAGUGAAGCCUUCAAGAUCCACAAAGGCCAGGCCAGCCAGAGUAAUCACAACUCACAGCUCUGGAUGGGAGCCCAGCCCUGGGGCCAGCUUCCAGGUUCCAGAGGUGAGGAAAUUCACGCCUAAUCCCUCAGCCAUCUUUCAGACAUCUGCUCCCCGUACUCUCAACGUAUGACCAGCCGAAGCCAUGGCUGGGAAAGCUGAGCAGUGUCAGACCUACCAGGCUCGGUUGUUUGCAGACUGGAGCAGCAUGGCUGCUGGCUCUGGGCAUGGUGUGGUGCGGAGGCAGGGGGACCGGACACCAGCAGCUGUACUCAGCCUCCCCCACCUUCUUCCAGCAGUAUCGGAGAGGGAGACUCUGCUAUCUUCUAAACUGGCAUUUGGCAUCUUUCAGUUUUUAAAUCUGAGCAUUAAUUAAGCUGUGACCCAAACUACUCUGGGUGGAGAAGUAUGCAUAUAUCAAGUCCUUGGUAGGCCAGUUACAAACUUUGGAUCGUUUUCCAAGAUGCAUGUUAUUUUUCUUUUAUGACCUAUGGUAGUCACAGGCAGUGUAAUUUCCUGCAGAGGGCCCACAUGCUUCCUGUUAAGAAAUCUUAGCCUGGCAGUGGUGGUGCACGCCUUUAAUCCCUGUGGAGGCAGAAUGUGAGCCCAGUCUGGUCUACAAGGCUGUUCUAGGACAGCUACAGCUACACAGAGAAACCUUGUCUCAAACUACACAAAGAAAGAAAGGAGUAAGAGAGGAGGAGGAAAAGGAGAAGAAAGAAAUCUUAGAAUACUAGGAAUGAAGUCUUUAGUCCCAGCACUUGAGAGGCAGAGGCAGGAGGAUCUCUGUGAAGUCGAUGCCUGCCUGGUUGACAUUGCAAGUUUCAGGAAAGCCAGGGCUACAAGAGACCCUUUUUCAAAACAACACCACCUUAGUGUUUUUUUUUUUUGUUUUUUUUUUAAAUAUACUCAUCUGCACACAACUUUCAUGAUGGUGAUAUAUCUCCAGGGAGAUUGUCCACAUGUUUUCAAUUUCAAAUGUAAUUUCUUGAUAGCCAAGACGAUCAUGUUUCAAGGAAACAAUUCCUAGGAUGAGUGAAAUGCUGAAAGCACAAAUGGUGUUCUCCCCAUGUUUCUAAAGCUGACCUGUGUUUUUACUAACUUCAGUCAUCUCCUCUCCAUACAAGCACUAGCAAGGACAACCAUACACACCCACGAAGAUCUGUGCGCAUAUCUGGAGGGCAUCUCCCACAGGAACCUUUCCCCUCAGCCUGCUGGCUCCCCAACUCAGGUGAGCUUCUCACAACCCCACGGAGGGGACAACUCAUCCUGUCUUUGAAAAACUUAUCUCCGUAACUGCAGCCAGUGUGGUUGUGUGGAACAAGCCCAUUCCCCUUUGCACAACCCUUCUUCAAACACUGGGAAGAACUUGUCUUCAAGGUUUGGCAUGGUGUUUGGUAAGAACUGUAAGGGUUUCCUUGUGCCUCCCUCUAGUUCUGGUGGUGGGGCUCGUUUCAAAGCCACGGCAGAAGAGGUAGCUCAGAACUCCCAUACAGCAUGCCUUCAGAGAUGUUACCAGGCCCAGCCUCCCUCCUGCCAGCCCAGGAAAUGCUGUUGAGUCAUUCUGAGGGGAAAAGUGAAACCAUAUGCAUAUACCAAGGAUCCUGUCAGUUUGCAUACUCAGUGCUCCUAGGAGGACAGAGAUUGCCUGCUGGGCACCUACAUGUAGGCAGUGAGCAGAGUUAACAAUGACUAAAGUGCAAAAAUGUGCUGCUGCAACUUAAGUCAUAAACAGAAGUAUCUUCUUUCUCAUUCAUCCGGUCUCUCAAUAAUGACUUUAAUAUAGUGUGACUAUGCUAACCUCCCUGAAGCUUGUGAACCCCAAACCCUUGCUGGGGGCUGCAGAUACCCAAUGCUGCAGGUGAUGCCCUCUUCCCAUUUCCGCUCUCCUACACCCUUAGCUGGGGAAGGGGGCCAUCUGUGCCACUGCUGCUUCCUUACCAGCUGGGACAAUGGGAGUUUCCAUUUCUGCACCUGAAAAUGAGGCUGCUACUGCCUACACCUUGCUAGCUUACUAGGAACAUUCAAUGCUUAGCACAGUACAGCCAACCAAGCAUGGCUCAACUGUCCUUUCCUGUUUAACUCUCCUCCAGGUGCUUCUUUAGCUGUGGCCACUGGCAUGUCCUGGCUAAAAGCCUCCAGCUGUAAUCUGCCAAUGACUGUAACACAUACCCAGCAACCCCAGCCCCCGCUGCUUUUGCCUAGCAUACAGCACACCUGUCCCUUUUUGGUAAUGUGGUGUUUCAGUGGCCAUGGAGUGAAGGUGACCUAGCAGAGGUCACAGGUUAUCUAGAACCUGAGCAAUGUGCCCCAUAGCGCUUCCCACCAGGCCUCAUUAAAGAUAAAAACCUGCUCCUAGAAAGUCCCUCCUCAUUCCAGGUCACUCCAUGAGCAACCAAGACAAUUCUCAGCCAUAGUCUUAGUCCUGAGUCCAUCUUAUACACAAUGUGCACAAAGAUCAGAAACGCACUGGAGGAUCAGCAGGGUUCAUUUCUGAGAAGGGAGUAUGUAUGUGACCUAGUAUGUGCAGAUACAUAUGUGUCCCUGUGAGGGUACACGUGUUUGUGUGUUUCUAUAUAUACAGGUACGUAUGUGUAUGUGUUCCUUGUGGGUACAGGUCUGUGUGUUCCUGUAUGUGCAGGUACAUGUGUAGAGAAAAAGAGGACAACCAAGUAUUUUUCAAGUACCCUUUGCUUUUCUCCCUGGCCCAGAGCUCACCAAGUAGGCUAGGCUGGCUGCAUAACAAACCUCAAGUGAUCUGCCUAUCUGCCUCUCCAGUGCUCGGAUUUUAAAUAUGCACCACCAUGCCUGCCUUUUCAUGUGGGUUUUGGUGACUGAACUCAGGUACUGCAUGCACUUCACCAACUGAGCCAUCUCUCCAGUCCUAAUUUUUAAAAAUACUUUAUCAUAACUGCUAAAAUUCCUAUAAGAUUUAAUAAUUUUUGUAUUGUGUUUUUAAAAAUAAAGCACUUUAAUCUGUUAA